UCGUUCCCGGAAAUGCUGUAGGGUUUUAGUGUGAUUAACUUAGGACCCUGUUGAUUUGAGCCUCAUUGAACCUAUAGAUGUCUGUCCCUGGAAGAGGGAAGAGCUUCCAGAGCUGAGUCUAACUCCUCUCUGCCGCUGUUUGUUUCUCCUAAGGAAAGGAAAGGCUGAGGACAGCAACGGCAGCUUGCUAACAAGCCGGGUGCGUCCGUGCUGGCCCUGGGACCAGAAGUUUCUGACGGGGAACAUCUUUGUUUCCUGAGUACCAUGCCGACAGAUACGGAGCCCUCAAUCUUGGUGAAAGUGCUUCACCUGAUCUUCCUUUCAACCUUCUGGGGCAUGCAGAUCUGGGUCACUUUUGUGUCCGGUUUUGUGAUGGGCAGUCACCUCACCCGGCACACUUUUGGCUUCAUUCAGAGUCGCCUCUUCCCCUACUACCUCCACAUUGGCUCUGCUUGUGCGUUCUUUAACCUUACCAUCUUUGCUAUGUAUCAUCCCAGCGAGCUCCUGAAUGAAGAGGAAGCCACCCAGAUCACAGUCUUCUUUGUUUGCGUCACUGUUGCUGCUCUGAACGCCCAGUGGUUUGGGCAGAUUACAUCGGAGAUUAUGGCGGACAUGCACCUCGUUGAGCAGAGCUAUGGCCUAGGACAGGAUAUCGGCCUCUUUUCAAGAAAAUCUUACUCCAAGCUGCGUGAAACAGACCCAAAAUACAAGAAACUGUCUCGUCGGCUGACCCUGUACCACACCAUCUCCUCACUCUGCAAUCUAUGCUGCAUUGUAUGUAAUGGCUUGAGCCUCUACUAUUUGGCUACUCAUCUUUCCACGCUGUGAGAAGUGCAGAUAAGCUGGAUGAGAGUCCAAGAAUUCAAGACCCAGGAAAAAGAUGCGUUCACCUUUGCGUGCUCUGCCCCCUUGAAGGCAGAGUGUACCCGAGAACAUUUCUGAGUUUCUAGAUCAUGUCAGCUAGAUUCCCUCAGGUUUUACGGGCAUAUCUGCAAAUCCUCCUUUCUGUUGGGAAGGCCAGUCUCUGGCAGAUCAUCUCAUAUGCAGCUGUUCCCAUCAAAGUCACUUUUACAGUCAUGUCCCAUAACAUCAGCUGCUACAAACUGGAUCAUUCUUGGGGGUUUAUUAAAGGUGGCUGCCCGUGGA